AUGGCGAUGGCCUGCUUCUCACAGUGGCCCAGGCAGAUGGGCCUAAUCAUCGCCACACCGACAGGUUCCACUGCUUAUCUGCUUUCAGCAGGUGGACUGCUUGUCCACCCUGCGGUUAGUGCCAUUAGCGUCACGCCCGUUUGUCCACACACCCUUCUGUUCCGUCCAAUUUUAUUGCCAGAUACCAUGGUGCUCAAAGUGCAAGUUUCUGUGGCCAGUAGAGCUCUGGCUUGGGCCUCCUUCGAUGGACGUGUCCGCACAGAGCUACACAAGGGCUGGUAUGUGACGGUGCAAGCAAGCCCCUUCCCAUUUCCAACAGUACGCUCAUCGAAGACGGAGUACUUUGAUCUGGUCAGCAGCAAUUUGAAAUGGAAUGUGCGUGAGCAACAGAAACCAUUCUCGCAGUACUUGACAGGUUCCAAUCGCUCCGAGUUCGAACAGAAACAUCCAGGUGAUCCCCAGGUGUCUGAUAGUAGCUUUGACCUUGACUACAGUGAUGAUAGCGCGCUGGUUCAGCUGGAAGAUGAGCUGACAGCGCCACUUGAUACUCGUACCUGUUAUGCUCAUCCACAUGCAACUGUGCUGAUCAAUGAUGAUGCACGAAGUGCAGCUGGCCUCUGA